UGCCCCCGCGGCCGCGCAGCCGCCGUGACGUCACGCAGCCUUCCCCCGCGCCCGCAGCGACCGCAGCGCCCAUGCGGCCCACGGCGACGAACCGAAACUCGCGACAAAACACUCGUGCGCUCAAAGAUGGCGGAUGGGUUGCCCGAGGACCGUGCCGGUCGGGCUCGAAUCGAAGAUUUAACUUUUUCCGCGUCUGACCCUUCACAUGGUGACACAAAAAAGUGUAGUGGACAAUCGUCGGACUACGGCAGGUUGAAGUUGUCGUUCUACACCGAACUGGAAGCGAGUGAAUCGUGUGAGAAAAGUGAGACGCGCGGCGUGGUCGCCGAUCGUUCCGUGGCGGCCGCGACAACAGAUUUCCGAAACGCUCCCGGCUCGAGCGCCGACGACGGCGAGGACAGGAAGAAGCGAUGCUUCGACCGCUACGACAGCUCCGAGUCUUCUGACAGUGGCGUGGCCGUGCUGAGUCCGUCGGAGAGCAGCGGUUGCAGCGGUAGCGACAUCACCGAGCCGCGCUCGCCGCAGAGCCCCGAGUCGGGCUGCAGCACGAGCGAGGAGGGUGCGGGCGCGCGCAUGCCGCCGUGGGCGAGCGAGCCGGCGCCGCCGGGUCCGCGACCGCGCCUCGCGGCUCAACCCGCGCCGCUCCGCCGCCCUAGCCUGAACAUUCAUCGCCGCAUCACGGAGUACUUUAAUCACAAGAUGAAGCCGCAGAACGGGCUCAAGCGCGACUCCAACGGGGUGACUAGCAACGCUGAUACCAAGAAAAAGUGCCUACCCAAAAAUGGCGUCACGCACGACCUCGAAGAGUAUAUCUCGUACUUAUCGCAAACUCUCAGUCCGAAAGUGCUGCUCGAUGUCGGAAAGCGAGCCGAUACGAGGAAACCCGCGAUCACCCAAACGACACCGGUCACUGCCAACACGUCUAAAUCUGAGUUGACUAAAAUUACAUCAUCGGUUACUCCUAUCAAUGGAAUAAAAGAAAGCAGUAAAGUUAAGCGUAACAAGGGGACGCAUACGAUGAACGGUUUUAUAGAGAUGCGACACGGGAUUGAAUCUUUCAAUAAAGAAAAAGAGAAGAACAUGGGAUAUUUGAACGGUUUCAGCGACAAUAGAAAACGAAACGCAAAAAUGGGCCAGGCCCCAUCCGCCAGCGUAACGGCAAACUUAAAUAAAUCUAAGGUUCCAAUACCGGCGUCGAGCGAAUCGGUUGGAAUGCGUAUCGCACCUGCAGUAUCCAUCAGUCUGACACCAAAGAAACAAUCGCCUGUGAAACCAGACUCGACAAAAUUGAAUGGAAUUGUCAGCUCGACCACCAAGCUAGAUAGCAGAAUGAAUGGCGUCACGUGUGGUUCUAAUAAUUUCAAUCUAAUAAAUAAACCAACAUCGACUAAAAAGGAGCCUGUCAAAAAGAACACACAGCCAUCUAAAAGGACGAACCGUAAAUCUUCAGCUUGUAUUGCAAAUAGUAAAAAUUUAACUUGGUCUAAAGCUAAUAAUCUGAAACAGGUACAACUCCAGAAACAAAAUUGUUCAAACUUAAACCAAAAUACACCGAUAAGUACUCCUGGCGAAGCGAGUCCUGCGCCAAAAAUGAAUAUGCCUAAUGGUGUUCGGCAAGUGUCUAUGACUGUUAACGGGAAUCUUGGGAAUAUGAAUGUAGCGAAUUUGCAAAAUUGCCACCAGAUCAAUAUUCCUUCACAUCACAUUCAACCGUCACAGCCUUGUAACGGUUCGGUAACCUCUAAUAAUUUAGCUUCCUUCGUCGUUCCUCCUAACGUAAUGCUCACUACGUUACGAAUACCACAGAACGGUUUGCCUGCACAAACGUUGAACCAGCAAAGUAAUAUUGCCGCAUUCAAUCGAUCGAAUGUCAACGUGUCGAGCCCGACCAAGUUAAAUGGUCAAUUUGUUUUUCCAUUGAUGCAAAAUAUCAAUGGAACCGUAGUGCAAAUACCGAAUUUAAUGGCGAAAAUGCCGAAUUUCGUACUUCCUCAAUCGCCACAAAUCGGUGCACAGAGGCAAGACCAUAUACAGAAUCAACAGGCUGCGCAAUUUCUCAUCAAUGGUACCUUGUUAAAACUAGCGAAUACGGUGCAACCUACGUAUCCAACCGCUAACAAACCCGGCCCUGUCACUAGUCAGUCAAUACCGUUGAUGAACAAAAAUAUCCCAGGAAUGCAGGCUGUCGGAAUGACAGUUCAGCCGAAGCCCAAUUACACGGUGAAUUUUAGUCACCCUGUUUUAGUACAACAACCAGGAUUUAUAGUGACUUCUGUGCCAAAUAUAAAUGUUAAGGAGACCUGGAGUUAUUCGAGCACGGGUUCCACGCCGUCUUCGCAAAUCACGUGCUCUAACCCGAUCGUGCACCACCCACCUCCUAUCGUUGCGAACUUUACUAAUCAAAUGCUCCGCACGAGCAGUAUCCCCAUAGCACCAGUGAAACCACCGGACAACCCGAUCCAGGGAACGGACCCGCCUAGUAGUACUGUUAAGGAAUCUGAAUUAAGUGAAGUGAGAAACUUUAAGUGUGAUAUUCCAUGGCUGUCUAAAACUGUUAAUAAUAAUAUUGUUCCAUUAGAUUCUAAAUUGUCAUCGAGGCCUUUUGCACAAGUUAGUAGUUGUUCAGAUAAACUUGAAGAGUUGGCGAUAGGAAAGGCGGAAAAGGAAAACAUUGAGAAUGAGGAAGCGAGAGAUGAGCUUAAAGUCGACAGUACGUGUGAGGAUUUGAGGAAAAUCGCGGAAGAAGUCACGAGAAGGGAAGAGACGAUCUUUACACAGAUUACCGUUUUAAAAGAUGUUUCGUCAAACGUUCAAAGUACUGUGAUAGAAGCUAACUUUUGUAGUGCUACCACGGAGUCGUCAGAGUCUGGCAUAGGAACUGAUAAAUCUAUCGAUUCACCGAGUGACUCGCAAGCUAGCAAGGAAUGUGACGAAGACUCCACGUUAUCUUCUCUUAGUAUAAGCGUGAGUUCAGUCGAAACGCAAAGUAGCCAGAAAAGCCCAAUCCUAAAGGAGCCCAAAAUAUUGCGGUUUCCGCCAAGAAACCUUACUAAGCCUGAAAGUGAUCGAAGGACGUCCAGUACGGAUACGACCAGUGUCACAAUCUGUUUUUGGGAGAAUUGUAAACGAGAGCUCGAGAGCGACACAGACCUUUUGGAGCAUUUACAGUCUGUCCACGUGGAAUCUCAAGCGGGCAAAGAAAACUAUGUCUGUUUAUGGGAGCACUGCAAAGUUCGCGGCAAACCAUCGUGUUCGAGAUUAUGGCUGGAAAGGCAUACGCUGUCUCACGGCGGGAACAAGCCCUUCAAAUGCAUCGUCGACGGCUGCGAAAGGAGGUUCUCCACUCAGACCUUGCUAGAAAGGCACGUGAACCAGCACUUCAGCGGGGUGUCACCGAGCGCGGGCAGCGGGAAGAAGAGUACAGAUAGUGCUUCCAAGUUGAUACGACGGAAUGGCAAGAAGCUGCGGUAUAGAAGACAACCUUGGUCGGCGCGCAUGUUCGACUUCUUCGACCCGGGCAUGAUGGAGGGGCUAGCGUGGCGACUGUCGCGCUGCACGCGCUGGCGGCUGGGCGGCGGCUGUCCGCUGCGCGAGCCGCCAGGCCGCCACACGCUGACGCUGCACGCAGCCGUGGGUGCCACCCGUUACAACGCGAUCGAGGCGAGACGCGAGGCGCUGCUCACCUACUACCCGCCGCAUGUGAUCGACGACGAGUGGGUUCCGGAGAAUGAGGUGAAGAGAGUGAAGAGGGUGGAGAUAUGCCACCUUCCCGCUCACACCAAGGUGUUGCUGUACGAGCAGUUUUGCAGUUCUUAUCGCAAGACCCCCUCGCCGCCCCCUACGAGGAAAGCCCCCGUCGUGACGUCACAACCCGUCCGCCUGAUGCCGACCCGACAGUGCACGUCCUCGAGACUCCUGAACAAUUUAAUAGCGAAGCAAAAGAAGGAAACCUACAGCUGCAACGCUACAAAUAUGCCAAUGGAAUAUAAGGAGGAAGACAGAAGCGAGAAGGUCGAGGUGAGCGGCGCGAAGAAAAGGAAAAUGGGAAGACGGUACGGCGGUAACUCGUUCUGGCCGUGUGGACGAUAAAUUACGAAGUUUUCGGGAUUGUGCUACACUAUCGUCGUGUAUUAAGAUUACUUUCGUUAUUUUAAUUUCUGGGACCGACCGUCUCUAUUCGACGGGCACAUUUUGGAUUAUUAUAGGAACUUGACGAAGUCUUACGGACGGAUAUUGGGGAAGCCACGACGAGUAAUGUAGUGACGUCCGAGACAGAUGUUGAUUCUCCCGCGGCGCGGCCGUAGCGGAAUAAAUAUUGAUGACAAGACUGAUACUUACUUUUUACUAUCGAUAUCGGAACCGCGAUCUCGAGCCUCGGCUUCCGGUAUCGGGCGAACAAACUUGUAUAUAGUUAGGUGGAAAUGUAAAAAGGUUAGGGUUGAUACGACGUGUACAUUGGGCGGUUUAGUUUAAUAUUCGACUUCGGGAUCACCGGAGGGUAGCGGACGGAUUAGUCUGAGUAGUCGUAAGUUAGGUUGUAAGGAGAUGACGACCAGCGAUUUAGUAUCACUGCCAAUUGUAAAUAGUAUAGUUUUAAUAGUUGGAGCGCGAUUUUAUUUCGGGCUUAUGUUUUCGCCUUGUUCGGGGCGCGUCUCGCUUUCGCUUCCGAGGGGAAGGAGGGGGUUUUAUGCCGUUCGGUUAAGCGUGAUCGAGUAUCACCAAGUGCCUCUAUUAGCACACUGGGCUGCCCAUAGACUACACAUCUAUUGAGACAGAACUCGUACCAAUAAACGAAUCUUAAAUGGACGUUAAUCAUUCCCUUUCACUUUCGCACUAUACUUGUGUAGUAUGUGAGUGAGACGGAAUGAUAACACCGCUUCGUUUCGUUAUUGGCACGAGUUAUAAUUAGUGUACUUUUAGCAUUUACUUUUUUGCAAUUGCAUUUAAAUGUUGUAGUCUUUUAAAUUGCCCUUUAGCAUGAAAAAUGUGACUGUCACAUGGCUACAAUCGCAAAUUGUAACUGAAUUUAUAAUUUUGCUGCAAUCGUGCAUUUUAGCCAAUAGUGAGAGAUUGUAAGCCAAUAGGAGAUGAUUGCGAUUGUCGCACAGUAGCUGUCCAAUUUUGGUGCUAGGCCACCCGAGUCGUAUUCUAUGGACAGCCCUAUACCAUAGCAGUGUUCACUUUAUAUCAGGUUUACCGCGUAGUCAUAUCGACGCAGAUAGUUUUAGAGUCCAGUGUAACGAUCCCUUUAUACCCGUUUCGUGUAUAUCGUAUAUGUUUUCGAAGGAAUCAACAACUGUCUGACAUCGAUAAUAAUAAUCGAUCAAUGUUUUGUUGGCGCAUCACUCUAUUAUUGGUACAUUGUUUGAAAUAAUUGGUAUGGAAGUAUUUUAACAAAGGUAGUUCUUUCAACUUCUUAUUAGGAUUUUUAGAGAUUACCCAAAAUCUUUGCCUCUAUAAUUUUAGAGUUGAUGAAUACAACCGUAAUUAGAUAUUUUCAAUUUGAAAAUUAUUAUUUUUUUAAAAGAAUACUGACUAUCAAUAUUAAUAUAUGAACGAAAUACCGAGUCGCUAUUAAAAAUGAUGAAAUUGCGUUAGAUCAUCAUUCAACAAUUUUUCAUAUUCAACCAAUCGAGUCGCUAGUAAAAAUCAUGAAAAAUUGCGCUAGAUCAUCGAUUGAGACUGCGCGCGCGCUGAUCAUAAGUAUUACAUACAUAUUUUUCAUUUCAACAAGUUACCCUAGAGUGAUGCGGUACACACAAUCACUGCCAUUUAAAGUUGUAUUCGGUUGCAUCGACAACUUAACAGUUAGCAAUAAACGAUUUGUGAUAAGAUAUAACUUGAAUAGUUAAAAAGGUGAAAACGGCCGAUAUUCAUUCAUUUCCACGCACAAGAUGUUUUUAGCCGUGUUUUGUAAUACAAGUACAGUACUACCACUUUUAUAUGUUACUCCGAUGUACCUGCGCAGCAAUGUAAAUUUUGAAUGGCGGGAAAAUAUUACAGCCAAUCAUAGCACGCGUCCGUCUGUUAUUGGUCUACGCGCCAUGUUUUGUAAGCGCGAAUUGUGAGCAAGAUACCAAGAGUCUAUUGUUCUUGUGUUUAAAAUCUUAACGUCAAGCCAUAAGGUAUAUAUUUCAUUGGCGUACUCGGUUUUAGUCGACAUACUCGUAAGAUUUUCGUCGUCAUUUUUCUGCGCAAAGGAAUUUUGCCGAUGCGACUUAUGAAAGUAGUAGUACUCAAUAGCAUAGCCGUUUUGUAGUGUUAGGGAGUUCAUAGCCGUGGUUUAGAAAGGCGCUCAUCCCAUAGCUAGAGUUCUACAAGUUCUGAGUUCUGGAUUCCGCAGUCUAAGCCGACCAAUCAAAGACCAAUAUGUCAAAUUUACUUCUUGUCUUUAACCGUCAUUUUGACUGUAUUUAUUUUGGCAGCGGAACACAAAACGGAACUUCGAACCCAAAUGCGACAAUUUUGAGACAAUUUUGAUGAAAUAAACUUUACCACAUAUAGUACAAUAGUUUUACGAACAUAUACGUAAUGAUUUCACAUUUUUAUAAUAUUUAACUUUAAUGAAGCCUGCAACCUUAGAACUGUCAGUGUUUUAUGAUAACGCAAGGGCGUAUAUACAUCAAUGAUUUCAAUUCUGACUUAUUCAACAUUCAAAGGAAAAGUAUGCAGGAAUUCGAUUUUUCUUUUAAUAUAUCAAUGAAUGAAGUUCGAAUGAUUUAUAACGAGACAAAUCGAGUGUUUACUGGAUUAAGGCUUCGACGGAUACUUUGGCAUUGUUCAGAUAGUUAAAACGAGACAGCUUUAUGUUGAAACAUAUAUUUGUCUCGUUUUACCUGUAUUAAGUGUUAGCUAAGUUAUAUAAAGCUCUAUAGAUCUCAGUAUGAAAAUUUGGCGAACGAAUUACAAGAAGUAAGAACACGUCUUCAGCUAAAUAAGAUCGUGAGGUGUUCAUUUUUGAAGCAUUGGCCGUUGUGUUCUGCCUCUCUCGCUCAUACAGGCUGUUGUCCAUUUGAGUGAGCGAGACUUGAAAUAUGAGACCUUUUGCUUUUGAAGUGCAACUUAUUGCCCGUUCGUAAAUGGCUUUGCUCCAAAAAAAUUGUCGAUUUGGAUAUUUAUAUGAAAUCGGUUAGAUACAUUGUCUUGAAACAUGACAAAGGACUUCCGGCGCUAUGUACACCAGACAGUUUAGGUGUUAACAUUUUUGAUGGCCCUUAUACAGACGUCGAUGCCUUUUUAGCCCUAAGGUAUAAUAUUAUACAAGUGCAUGUUAAAUGUUAAUGGACGCUUAUAUGAAUUUCUUGAUGUACGGUUACAAUUUCUACAAUUUGCCAAACUUUUAGAGAAUUUUAUAGUUUACUUUUUUUAAAAGAUAGAUCUUUAAAACAAGAGUGAAUAUGGCAAACGCAUCCAAUUUGUCUAUAAAAACGGAUAAAAAAUUAUGAUUUUUUUAAUAAGACCCGUAGUAUAAAGGUUUAUCACAAGUAGGUACGUCCUCUUUAGAAUAAGUCGUUCGUACGUCAAAAGUCGUAUAAGCGUCCAAGUUUACAAUAUUGUGUUCCGUGCUCACGCGAUCUCGCUAGUAUUUUUAGUUAGUGCCUGUAGUGUUAAGUUAGGACGAAUUGCGAAAUCGGUGCGUCGAGCCAUCUCUACAGCCUGCCUCUCAACUGUGUAAGAAAAACGUAUUCAUCGUAAUAGGUAGCAUAUUCCCUUGCCCUUGAUUGGCUGUGAAAAAAUAUAAACAGAAAGAAAGAAAAAAAAGUUUUCUUUUUGAGAGCUGUGCCACACAUUACCAGCUAUGCCUACGGGUUAGGUUAUCCCGGCGUCUCUAAUACUUGAGCAUUAAAGUUAAAAGACCUCAAGCAGAAGAAGUGCCGGAAUAAACUGUGCCAUGUGUGGCACAACCAGAAAGAAAGGAAAUCCUAACUCAGGAUAAAUGCUGUAUGCCUUGCACAUAUACAAAAACAUACCGCGCUGGUUUAACAGCGAAACAACCAAUCAAAGAGCAGAAUUUGCUGUCGAUAACGAUAACGAUGAAUAGGUACGUUUUCCUUUCACAAUCGGGAAGCUGAUCAGAUACAGCGCGCGACGAAAAUCAUGUACGUAUGCAGCACGGCAGGAUAGGUUGAAUGCGUCACGACAGCGAUGCUAAAGCAAUGCGGCUCCCUAGAGUUAGUAUGCGUUUUUACAGCUCGCCAAUAUUGAUAGAAUUCGUUGCAAUACUUAACGUCUAAGUAAAAUAGACCUUAACGAUCUUGUUUUAAAGCUCAAGUUCGACAUUUUGCAGGAUAAAUCAAAAAAUAUUAUGCAUAAAAAUAUGUUUUAGAAUGUACAGGUUAUGAUAUCACAUGUGAUAUCAUACCUUUCGUAUGAUAUCACACUCGGUAUUAUACAACUUGUCCAAACAUGUUUAACUUUAAUUGUUACUGAAAUAGUUGACUGUGACAGACGGACGGACGGAAAUAUCGCGUAAGAGUUCCAUUUUUACCAUUUUUGUACGGAGCCCAAAAAAAAUAGCCCAACAAAUUAUAUUUCGACACUCGAACUCUAUCAACGUUGGCGAGAGGCAAAAUCUCAUACUAUCCCUACCGCAGUGUGACGUGUUUCUUACACUUGGUACCUAUCGCGACGCUUCUUCGAAGGUUUUGCAAAAACAAAUUAUUGGAAAAGCCGUGAGAAAGCCUCGUGCUGAUUGCCCUUGGGCUGCCGCCGUUGCGCGUUUUGUCUGAAGGUUCAAGUGAUGUGCGCUUCUCAGGUGGGUAGGAAAGGGAAAGGUAUAUGGUUGUAGGUUCAAUUGUUAGUGUAAAGCGCCCUCUAGCGUUAAAUGUAAAUGGAGUCGGAAUUGGGAAGUAAGCGAAUUAUUGUAAUGGAAAGGUUGCCGGCUAGGAGUAUAAAGCUGGUUACACAUCUAACAUGCGUCGCACGCGCCGAAUUUCUUCAGAGCGUCGGUGUGUACGGAUUACGUCAUUUGCGUUUUAAAUGAACUAGGUAUCAAAAACUUUCGGCGCGUAUGGUGCGGUUGUAGGAUGUGAAAUUAACUUAUCGUAAAGGUCCGAUUGGCUGACUGGUUAAAAUGAUAAAAAUGUUCCAACGUUUCGUUUGUCAGUCUAAACGGGCCUUAGGGUUAUUGACUAUUACCUAAGCUAUAUGUACAUAAAAUUCGGUCAUCUAUAACUCCUGCCAAUAAAAAACGAAGAAAUCGAAAAGAAGCUGUGCUAAUCUUUCCCUCUCACUUACACACUAUAACUGUGUAUCACGUAUGAGGGAGGCAGAAUGAUUAGCACCGCUUGUUUUCAUUUCUUUAAUGACAUAAUACUAUAUAAUAUGAUGGCUCUAAAUUGGACGGUUUAAAAAAAUUUGGUGGUUGGGUCUUAAAAUUUUUAAUCUCUUAUACACUGUAACUUCUGUUUCUUAGGAUACCUUUUAAUUGAAGCGAAGAUGAUUGGACGGGAGCGGGGACAUGUUGGUUCGACCAAACAAAUUAUUAUUUAUAGCUGACCCGAAUAAUUUAUCACCAAUCAAUAAUAAUCUAUUUGGGCCGUCCAAAAUAUCCCUUCCGCGUCACUUCAGUGGAAAUGUACCCUUUUGUUGCGGCAAUUUUCAAAAAUAGUCAAUUUCCCUAUUAAAGCUGGCUUGUAUGUGAAUUUGUAAAUUCGCUUAUGUAAAAGAAAGUGUAACUAGAGUACGUUCAGGCUUGUAUAAGCCUAUCCUUGUCACUAACGAGGCGUAGAAAAGAGACGGCAGUAUGCAGUCUUGAACAUACUCCUUGUAGGUUCUGCACCCAAAGGAGUGUUAGGAAAAUUUCAGUAGUCAAGUUGGUGCCUGAGUGUCGGUGGAUUGAUGGCUAUUGUAUGGUGUUUACUUAUGGUCUGUUUCGAUGUAAUUUGUAAGGAAAUAUAAUAAAAAAUUGAAAAAACUAGCUUUUCGAUAACGAGUUUUGAAUUUAUCGAAGUAAUAUUUUAAAAAAGUAUUGAUAAAUAUUAAAAUGUAAGUAGGUACUAACUACAUUAGAGUCGCUUAAAGGUUUUGAUACGUCGAGUAAAAGUAAUGAUGAAAGUGAAAUAAACUAUAGAUUCACAAGCAAUAAUGUAUUUAAUUAUAGUAGUUUGUUUACUUUUGUAUCGAAUUAGAUUGAAACAGGUUAUACGUAUAGAUUCUUUUUGGAAAGCUUCCAAUGAACUGAUUAUUUUUUAUUAAAUAAAUUAAAAUUCAAUUAGAUUAAUUUUUAUUUUUCGUCAGCACUGAUGGGUGCCAUAUUUUAUUGGCUCACUUUUAUAUAAAUUAAUUUAAUAGUCAAAUUCGACACCAAAUUCAGAAAGACAAAAUUAUAGGUUUUCAUUCGUAUAGUGAUCGGCAGACAUCUUGAAAAAUGCGCAGUAGUUGAUUUUUAGGUCUUUGACGGCAUUUUUACCACGAGAAUGCACGCCAUUGGUUGAUUUUAAACCUUCGUUGCCCCACUACACCGCUUUUUGUUCAAGAUGUCUGCUGGUACCUAUAUCCAUAUAAUUUUGUGGACUUUAUUUGAUCUCAAUGUGCGAGUAAUCGGCAGGGGAACGGAUUCCGUGUUUGCAUGUGUGACGUCCAGGCGAAGAGAACAGCGUCGAAUUCUUGUCUUUCUUCCCAGAUAUUAACGCUUAGGUCAUUAAAGUACAAUAUAUAGCAUAAAAAAUCGGUUACAUUUUAAUUAAAUGAAUACAAUAUGACGAGUAAACUAAAGAAAUAAAUCGAAACGACUGAGCAACGUUAAAGCGCUCUACAAGUGUCUUAAGACACUGUUAAAAAGUGUUAUACCGCUGCAUAAAUCUGUCCCUGUCUCAAAGUGCGCUCCAUAGAUUUCAUCGUAAUUUUUACGGACAGACACCAUAAUAUUUUAUACUUUAAUGAUCGAAAGGUAUCGGAUUUAAUCGUGUUCAUGCCACAUAGCCGAUGUGAACUUUUGCCUUUACA